GUCGAAACGGGACUGUAUGGGCGUCUAUCCUGCGCGUGCGAACACGUAAUGUCUACGUCAUGUGACCAAUCAAGGAGACGCGACUGCAGCGAGCGACGCGCGUACAUCGCGAAGUCUACGCUGCUCUGUACGCGCAACACCCAACUCCUUGCAUCCCUAUCCAGAUCCUGCUAAAUACACGCAAUGGCCAGCGCUGAAGGAGGUGCCUACAGCUACUCGCUCACCGUCUUCUCGCCGAGCGGAAAGCUCGUGCAGAUUGAGCAUGCGCUUGCAGCAGUCGGACAGGGAACAACAAGUCUAGGGAUCAAAGCCACAAACGGCAUUGUCAUUGCAACUGAGAAGAAAGCACCCUCCAUACUUAUCGACGACUCCAUGAUCGAGAAGGUCGCGGUCAUCUGCCCCAACAUCGGUAUGGUCUACUCGGGCAUGGGUCCCGAUUUCCGCGUGCUGGUGGCGAAGGCACGGAAGUCCGCACAGGCGUACUGGAAGAUCUAUGGCGAGUACCCGCCCACGAAGGUGCUUACGCAGGAACUCGCGACGACCAUGCAACAGGCGACGCACUCGGGUGGUGUCCGGCCGUACGGCGUGUCGCUGCUUAUUGCUGGCUGGGACAUCACGCGCGGGCCGACCCUGUACCAGGUAGAUCCGUCAGGGUCCUACUGGGCCUGGAAAGCUAGCGCUAUUGGGAAGAACAUGGUGAACGCCAAAACGUUCCUCGAGAAGCGGUAUAACGACGACAUCAGCCUUGAGGAUGCUAUCCAUACGGCACUCCUGACGCUGAAGGAAGGGUUCGAGGGACACAUGACAGAGAAGACAAUCGAGAUCGGCGUUAUUACAGUCCCCACUCAAGCUGACCUCGAAGGAGGCCAUGUCGAGGGCACAGGGCGGAUACAGCCCACGUUCAGGAAACUGACCGAAGAGGAACUGCGAGACUACCUGGCGAUGUAGACUUUGUGGAUUUACGUUCUAUUGCACGGACCGUGAUGUAUAUCUAGCGCCAGAUCCUGUGUGGUGUGGUUCAGUAGCGCCAAGCCUGCAAGUGAAACCUCCGCACCGAACACGCAAGUAUGAUCGCUGCCUUCGAUGCUCUUGCCUCUCAUAGCGCGUACCUCGGUCCCCGCGGUGAGGCUUAGUCGCCAGACGGUGAGCAUCGUCAAUGAAACCAGGACGAUCCUGCUUCUGGCUGACAAUUCUCUCGACUACUUACUGUACGCGAACCCUUGUUUGCUUGCUGCGGUUUAUAAAUG